ACGACCGCCAUCCGCCACUGCUGUAGGUCAGCGAUGGCCCAGGUGUUUACGGCUGGUGGAGGAGAUGAAGCCCAGUCCGGACUCUGUGUUGGUCGUCAUGGGCUCCCUGGAUGGAAGCACGCCAGUUGAGAGGCUGCUUUCUGCGAUUCAUCUGGAGAGGUACCUGGACACCUUCCAUCGAGCCGGUCUCCUAUUGGCUAGAGACUUCACACACCUCGACAGCGAUGCACUGGUCAGUCUGGGCAUAACUGCCACAGGACACAGGAAGAGAAUCCUACGAUUGGUCGGUUACAUCGAGAGGACAGAAGGCCAAAGAGCCAAUCGGAACGCAGAUCUCCCUCGUGACCGCUGUCAGUCAGUUUGUUCUUCGAAGCGCGGUCGCACCGAGUCGCCCCGUCAGGAGGUGAUCAGGAACAGCUCUGCUCCCGACCUCGCCGCCAUGCUGGCAAACUCCGAUGGCGGCAGGCCAACAGUGAAGCCGGUCCCCAAACCGAGAACUGUCUUCAAUCGCCGCAGGACCGCGCCCAUCCAGUUCACCCCAACACCCGACCCUGCUCCACCCCUACCUAGGAGGCUUUCCCAGGAGUCCAUCUGCCUCACUGUGCUGGAAAGUCUGAGCUCAGCGGACAUGCCCACAGCAGACAGUGCUUUGACCCCUGACCUCAGUGACAAGGCGCCGUCACCAAGCCGAAGGUCGAGCCAUGGGGAGAGAAAUGGGAACGGCCGCAGCAGGUCUCUGUCAGACACUGGAGGGUUACCGCCGGUUCCCCCGAGGCUGAACCGCAUCGUCCCCCCCGCCUCGAUGCAGGGGACUCCUCGCGCUUCUUCUUCUUCCCCUGUUCCCACAGAGCAUUUGCAGGCGCCGUCCUUCAUUUCCUGCACGGGUAGUCAUGACAACAGCAGGCUCUCUGGAUCCUCCCCCUCCGGUUCUCCCCGAGGAGGCCUAGAGAUGGUCUCCAAUGAGAUAUAUUGGGACACGUUACACAGCUCUGCUGCCCCCGGUGGGAAGAGGAAUUAUUGCAGCCAGCAGUCGGCUCCUCCCACUCCACCCAGACAGACACCUGAGAGGAACUGCGAGAGGAACAGUGGCAGCACUUUAAGUAACAACUCUUCAGGAUCAGCCAGAGCCUCCACGGACGACCCCGAGGACGAGAUCAGCCCAUACUGUGAGACUGUUUUCCAGACCCGGAGACAUCCUCCUGCCGCUGAGAGCGAGAGAAGCAGACAUGAAGGAAGGGAGGCGAGGAAAGAGGAGAAGCACGCAGAGGAUCAUGGGGGUCACAGGUUCUCGUGGACGAAGCGUUUUUCGCAGCCGUUUCACUCCGGGGACUCGCCAGGUUACAGCACUGUGGGAGAAGCUCCACCCUCCCUCCGCUGUCUCUCGCUGCCCCACCACGCCCUCCCCUGCGAGGCCGACGAGGACCUUACCAUCUCCCCCUACGCCAGCUACACCUCCCUGACCGAGAGAGCCCCGCCCAUCAUUAGCGGCUGGCUGGACAAGCUGUCUCCGCAGGGGGGUCGGAGGUCAUCUCUGCCCGUUCUGCUGUGUGUCCUUCUGUCUGCUCCUCCCUGUGUCUCCUUCCUCCUGAGGACAUGCCUCUGCCUCGUCACUGUCCUUUCCUCCUCUUCCUACACUCGUUUGGACUCAUCUCCUCUCACCUGUUCUCUGUUUCAGGAUGCCUACCCAAAAGGAGUCAUCCCAUUGGCUGCCAUCCAGAUGGCCCGUCCAGCCAAAGACAAUAAAUUUGAAAUUGUGACGAGUCACCGGAUCUUUGUGUUCAGGACGGAUAAUGAAGUACUGCGGCGGCGCUGGGUGUCCACGCUGCAGGAACACGUCAGAGAUCAGCUGGUAUUUGGACGCCGGCGUUUUGGUCCUGGAGCUCACUGCCAGAAACAUGGGGGCCUGGAACUCAAAGGAACCAAAUCCAAAGUGUACGCUGCCAUCAAAACGGACCAGAUCUGGCUCUACAAGAGCGAGCAGUGUUUCCGUAACGGCAUCGGCAUCACGGUGAUCGAAGCUCGCGGAGCAACGAUCCGAGAUGGAAAACACAAGAGCUUCGACCUCAUCACGCCGUAUAAAACUUUCAGCUUCACCGCAGACUCAGACCGGGACAAACGGGACUGGAUGGAGGCACUGCAGGAAGCGAUCGCAGAGACUCUGUCAGAUUACGAGGUGGCCGAGAAAAUCUGGUCCAACCGCUCCAACAGGAUGUGCGCCGACUGCAAGGCCCUGAACCCCGACUGGGCCUCCAUCAACCUGUGUGUGGUCAUCUGCAAGAACUGCGCAGGCCAGCACAGAGGGCUGGGCACGAUGGUCUCCAAGGUUCAGAGUCUGAAACUGGACACGAGCGUGUGGAGCAACGAGAUCGUUCAGCUCUUCAUCAUGCUGGGGAACGACCGGGCCAACGACUUCUGGGCGGCCCGUCUGUCCGUCUCUGAGGAGUUGGACUGCGAUGCGUCGGCCGAGCAGAGGAGAGAGUUCAUCGCCCAGAAGUACCGCGAGGGUCGAUACCGCCUCGCCCACCCGGCGUUCAGCAGCCAGGAGGAGCUGCUCAAGAACACCUGCGUCAGUGUCAGUUUGCUCCAGUUGCAGCAGUGCAAUAUUUCUCUUUCGUUGAUGUGAUUGGCUGACAGUGUUUAUCUGAUAAUGUUGUGCUUUUAUCGGUCAGAUCCCAGCGUCUACGAUGAAAUCAUGCACCCGGUUCUUCACUCUGGGUACCUCUACAAGUCGAGCUCUGCCAACAGAGGAACGAUGUCCAGAAAAAACAGAGAAGACUUCCAGAAGUUCUGGUGCUCGGUGGAUCAGUCUCUGGUCUUCUAUGAGUCGGAUCGAUCAGCUGAUCCCAGCCUGCAGAUCAGCGCUAAAGACAUCGUGUGUUUGGGCAUCAGUCGACCCGACUCCUCCAACAACAACGGAUUCAUUGACAGGUUUCGUUACACCUUCGAGUUGUAUCUGACGACGGAGAAACUCUUUCUGUUUGGCUUGGAAGCGGCCGACGAGCUGCACAGCUGGACCAAAGCCAUCGGAAAGGCUGCCACGCCGCUCAGCUGUCACUGCCUGCUGACCCGAGAGUUUGAGCGGGUCGGGCUUUUACGGUACCGGGCGAUGCUGGAUCCUCAGCAGUGGAAGGAGGCUUACUUUGUCCUGCAGAAGUCCAACCUGUUCAUCUGUCCCCGCAAUGACGGCGCCGCCGAGGACAUCAUCAACCUCAACCGCCUGCAGGAGCUGAGUAUCACCUCCGAGAUGGAGAACCAGGAGAAGAAAGACAUCCUGGUCCUGGUGGAAAAAGGAAGAACGCUCCACCUGCAGGGCGUUGGUCGCGCAGACUUCUCUCUGUGGUACUCCGACAUUCAGCGAGCAGCCGGCGGUAAAGGAAACGCUCUGAGAGACCAGCAGAUGAGCAGGAACGACAUCCCCAUCAUUGUGGACAGCUGCAUCGCCUUCAUCACACAGUACGGUGAGGAAGACUGAUUAAUGAAAGACCAAGACAGACUUUUAAUUCAUUUGAAAGCCUGAUGCUUAACAUUGUCCACCCCAGCUGUGAA